AACAGUUGGAUGCUAUCAACUGGCGGGAACGGAGCGCGUCCUGUCGCCGUCACAUAGAAUAUUAUUUAUUUUAUUUUAUUUUAUUUUUUUAUUUACGAUGAACUUACAAAAUAAAGCUAAUAAGUAUGUGUGUCCCAACGAUCGACAACUUUCCUUACGCGCAAAACUGCGAACCGGUUGGAGCGCUGCCCGCAGUGAACCCCCGCUGACGGCAACCGAACGGGAAGCUAUUGCGGAGGUUGUACGACGAGCUGAGAAAGUCGAUGAGGUCGAAGCCCGACGAAUCGGCCGACUGGUUGCCCGACUUGAAGGUAUGCGUAGAUCAGCUCAAGGGCCGGCGCCACGAAGUUGUCUGCUCUGCGGCGAAACCGCUAAGCUCCUGUCUCCGCUGCGAAGAUGCUCCAUGUGCCAACACUGGGCCUGCUCUAAAUGUGUCAUAGAAACACCAUCACAGCACAGGCCGUCUAUAUAUUCAAGAGAUCCGUACAUGUGCAACCUUUGUGCUGAAACAAGAGAGAUGUGGAAAAAAUCCGGAGCAUGGUUCUUUAAGUCAUUACCAAAAUAUGUCCUGCCAUCUAAGAAACCAACCGGGCGGUACAACGACUCUGAUAUUACUAAAACACUACAGGAACCAGGUACGAGCAGUAAUGAUUGUAAGACAGACUCCGAUCCUGGUACCCUACACUGUAUGCCUCCGCCUUCAUUCUCAAGACAACCUAGCAACACUGACAGCAGAAAAUCCGUCAGCUCAACACAGGAUAUCGAAUGGAGCGAAACUGACAUCCUUAGCCACGGUGUCAGCGGCAUCAGUCUCCAACGAGCUGACAGCAUCAGUCAAAGACCGCUGUGUCUCAAACGCACUAGCAGCAAAGGCAGCGCCUACAGUCUCAGGAACAUAAGAAAGGACAUGUCCAAACCGAUCACGCAAGUCGAAAGACCUCCGACGAUUCCCGACGCUGGUUUCGGUACCAUAGAAAUUAAACUCUCUUAUGACAACGGAACGUCUUCAUUGGCCGUAACAGUGUUAAGGGCUAGGGGCUUGAUCGGUAUGGACAUGACGGGUCUGUCUGACCCCUUCUGUAGAUUGGAAGUAUUGCCACGGGAAGGUGCAUACUUUAAUCGUUUGAGGACAAAAACUGUUCACAAGACGAAGAAUCCUGAAUACAACGAGACACUACAUUUCUUCGGCAUCACUGAAUCGGAUUUAUCUAUAAAGUCGCUUGAAUUGGUUGUGUUCGACGACGAUCGAUACGGCUGCGAUGAAAUGGGUUCAGCGACAGUUGCUUUACGCGAAUGCCUAAAGACCCCGGCUCAGCUGCGUCUCGCACUCUCCGGGUCCUCAGGCUGCGAGCCGAUAGGACCGAGACUCCUGCUAGCAUUAUGUUACAGUACCAAGAAACGGGCGCUGGUUGUCACCGUGUGUAGAGGAACCGACCUCCCACCACAAGAUAGCAACGGAUACUCUGAUCCAUUCGUUAAACUACAUCUCGACCCGGACCCGUAUCACAAAAAACAUAAGACGUCUAUUAAAUGGCGAAACCUAAAUCCUGUUUGGAACGAAGAAUUUUAUUUCGAGACACGUCCGACGGAGCUUUCCCGCCAAAAUUUGACUUUGACAGUUUGGGACAAAGACUACGGCAAACCGAAUGACUUUCUUGGUAGCUUGGUGCUCGGCGCGAGCAGCAAAGGGAGAAGACUGAAACAUUGGAUGGACUGCAUUAAAUUCCCGGAUCACCGUCACGAACAAUGGCACUCGUUAACUGAUAUUCAACACUUGUAAUUAAUAUAUUAAGGAAAUCAAAAAACAAUAUUAAUGUUAUUAAUGUCAUAGAUAAAAAAAAAUAUAUACAGGUAAUAUUAAAUAUUUUAUUGGUUAAUAUGUAGAUUAUGAAAUUAUAUAUAUUUUUUUGCUAUUCCUUCAUUUAUUCUUGUUAUUGUAGAAUGUUGCAAUCGUUUCGAAAGAUUGUUUUGUUUAAAUAAAGUGUCAUUAUAUUUGCAGAGAAUGUUUUUCAUGUGCUUUAAUAAUUAUAGUUAAAAUAUUUGAAUGUUGUUGUAUAAUACAGAUAAAAAAUUUAUGAUAUAUAAAAAAAAAGACGUAAAUCAUUAAGGAUGUUUAAUUGAUAGAAAUAGCAGCUUAACAGUAUAAAAAUCGUUUGAUUUCUUGUUGUUGUGUUUUAAGAUAAACAGUGUUAAAAAUUUCAAUAAAAAAUCUACAUGACUAUAUAAAUGUUUUAAAUGUAAGAAAGUAAGGAAAUGUUUAUGAUACAGCGCGUACAUUCAAAAUUUUUGAUUAAUGUAAUAAUGAAAAGCUAGGAACGUGCCAAAAAUUUUAAUAUCGUUAAAUUAUCAUUGUUGUUAGUGUAAAUGUCAACCCUAUAUGCUUUUUAUUAUGUAUAAUGGUUUAUUAUUGUGUUAUAAAAUAAAAAAAUAUAUAUUUUUAA